CUCACAACCAAACCCCCCAGAGUCCUAAUCUUUUCUCCCCAAUUCCAUCACAACCCGUUCUACGCUUACUACAAUUCACGGCCGUCCAACCCUAAUCCGUUGCCGUCCGCCGCUACGACGUCGUCCGGAGUAGGAUUGCUUAGUGGAUGGGGCUGUUUAAGAAGCUAUCGGUGUUUCUAGGGCUUGCUAAAGACGAUGACCACGAAGUCAAAGACAAAGAGGAGGAGGACGACGACAGUCAUCCCCGUAGUAAUCAGGCUCACUUCCGAGACACCGGACUUCCCCGCAAAGGCUUCAGCGUUCCAGUUCAAGUCGCCGUUGACCGUCCUCUCCCCGGUCCGAUUCUCAUUCCUUGUCGCUCCGGCGACGGCGGCGUCCAGGGUCUAAGAUGGCAUGCAAAGCGACUCAGGAUUGAUGAAGAUGGAGAUGUGGCCGAUGAAUUCUUGGAGGAGGUCUUCCCAGAUAUGUCUGCCAGCAGGGAAAGCAGAAGGUUUGAAGUGAAAUCCGGUACAAGGCCAGCUAAAGUGAAGAGUCAGGCUAUAUCACAAGAUGGAAGAAUCCAACAACGUGUGGAAUACCGAGGUAGAUCUGUGUGGAUAUGAGAUUCCUUGAGGAUUUUGGAGUGAAUUUGUCAUCCUAGUUCUCUUGUGCUGAUAAAUUGGAACACUGAGCCCAUUAUAUUAUUACAUAACAGAUGUGGGUUAUCUGAAAUUGGUUUUUGGAGGCUCUGGGUUGUACUGCUGCUGAGCACAUAUUAUCUCUGGGAACUAACUGUUGUCAUGAUCUAGCAUGUAGGAGUUGGAAUCUGAACAUUUGAUAGUCAUUAAUAUAUACACGGGUAGUUGUCUGAUUUGCUUCAACUGGUUUUCUAUGUUUUC